AGUUGUAUACAUUCAAUGGAAAUGCUUCAUAAAGUCUUAAGUAUGAGGGAAUGAUCAACUGAGUAGUCUGUUAAUGAUUAUCACCCCGUAUUUUGUGAGAAGUAGCAAUUACCCAACAUGGCUGUAGUGAAACAGCUGUCCUGCGAUGCAAUGCAAAAUGAGAAUUAAUUAUAGCAAGGAUAUACUACACAGAUGAAAAACAGAAAAGGGAACCUGCUGUGACAGGGGGAGGGGGACGCGGCCCAGCAAUGAAAAGCCAAGAGCAGAAGAUGAAUCAGAACACCUUGAAAUCACAAGUGCAAAAUGAUCCAAGGUCAACGAAGAGUCUCCAGUUCCGAAAUAUCGCUCCUAAAGCACCCAUGGCAGGUCCUGGCCCCGCUGUCCUGCCCUGCCGGGGUCCCUCCUCUCUGCCUGAGGCCACCACACCAGUCAGUCCCAGAUCUAUUGUCGUCCCCGCCCAGAACUAUGCUCUGAUGCAAGUGGCUGGGCAGGAAGGGACCUACUCCCUGGUGGCCCUGCCUACAUCGGUGUCCUCUCAGUCCCCAUCUCAGCCACAGAUCGUUCAGAGGGACACUUCAGCUGACAGAAACAUGAAGCUACCCAUUCCCAGGUACCGGCCCACAAGGAUAAAAGGCACACCGGAAAAAGCCAAGCUUCAAGAAGUCCAAGUGAGUUCUAGCAAGGUGGCUCAGCAGACGCGAGGUCCGGCACAAGUCCGACCCAAGGACCACGUAGAUGCCUGCUCGACUUUAGAGCGACUGGAACCUGUCCCGUUGAGAUCUCCUGAUAUCGUGUCCACAGCCUUGCUGACAGAGAAUCUUGGGCCAGGAACUGAGACUGGCAAAGAUGCCGUAGACACAGCAAAGGCCAACAUCCAGGCAUCUGGUGCACCUAGUCCACCUAUCCCUGUACCGGCGAUGAGUGGAAACAACUCUUCAAUCAAACCAGAGGAUGGGUCCCCAAACAAGCAAUGUCUGACUGAGCUGACUCUACCCCCAGCUGCUAGGGUCACCACCACCAUUCUCUCUCCAACAGUCUUCAGUAAAGCGGUCCGCUUCGUCCCUUCACCUCCCAAGGGGAAGCUGCCGAUACUUCCCUACCCAAGAAAGAAAGGUGUGGACUCAACUGUGGCUAAACUGCAGCCUAAAUGUCCAGAGCCUCAGCCGUGCCUUGUGAAUACUUUGCCAAUCGCCACAACAGCGUCCACUGCUACUCAAGAAACGCGUCAAAAAUCGACUCUUAACAGCAUGCGAAUGCAGGAUACCGAUUUUCAGAGUAUGGGGCCCUGUACAUUGCUGAAGAAGAGGGCAAAAAAGAGAAAGGCCUUUGAGGACAUGACUUUCGAGGCCAGGAAGAAGAGGUCGUUGUCGUUUUCCCGGCGAAGGGUUCCAGAGAAACCAACACCAGCAAGUCAAAAUGAAAAAAUUGCUAAUAUUUCCAAGAAGUACCGCAGCAUAAUGCCAAAGCCACUGCUGAUGUGGGAGGUGCCUCCACAGCUGGUGGCUGUCUCAUCCGUUCCUGCACCCCAGCAUCUGGGACAGGAGUUUGUCCUCAGCGAGAAGCCCUCAAACAGGACGUUGGACUUUCAGCAGUCAGGUCACACCUCUGUCAAGCACGGUCCCCAGCGAGCUGUGGUAAGUGCCCACGUCAACUUGGGGAGCCGGUUUCCUCACCGUUGCCCGGUUUGUGGCCGCUGCUUCCGCUUCAGGAACCACCUUCAGGGACACAUGAGGAUUCACACCAACGGCAGGCAACAUGGCAACCCUGCCUGUCGAAAGAGCCACUCUGGCAGCCUCAACACUCAGGCGAAGCUGCACCACCACGCUGAGAGCCGGCCCAGAAAUACCUUGCUCUGUCAGUUCUGCGAGAAGGCCUUUGGCUACGUGGGUGUUUACUUCAGCCAUUUGCGGGAGGUUCAUAAAGUCAUCCUCACCGUGGAGCCCUCAAUUAGCCAGCAUGAGGAUGACAUCCCAGUCGAGGGCAUGAUGUCUCCGGACUCUACUGAAGAGCAAGGCCAUGAGCAAGAGGACCCUGUAGAGCUGCAGAUCAAAUGUGCACGUUGCCAGGCCACCACACCUACGUUCGCCGACAUGCGGCUACACCUGCUGCACGUGCACCAGGAGAAUGUCCCGCUCCGUCCGCUGGAAGGGGCCCGGCGGGGGUGCCGACAGGCCGAGGACGAGCUGGUGAGGCACGCCGCGCACUACUGGAGGGAGCUCAACGAGAGGAAGAACCUGGCAACCGGGAACAGUUUUAAAGUGGAGGAUGAGGAGGAAGAGGAGGAUGAGCUGCUCUCCUUCUCGAAAGUCACGUGCGACAUAUCCUCCCACCACCGAGGGCAGCCAGACGGGGCUGACAUAUUCACUGAUGGCAGCCAGGACCCUGCCUCGGGGCACACUGAGGUUGCCAAGGACGUGUCACUGAGGGCAGGUUCUGCCUUUAACUGUGUGCUCUGCAGCGCCCUCCUCAGUACGAAGGAGGAAUUGCUGAACCACUGGGAGAGCUGGCACCAUUGCAGUGACCCUACCCUCUUGUGGAAAGCUCUGAACUGCUUCCUGGGUCCUGGGAGGCCCAAACAGGAAGUGGAAGAAGAGACCUUCUAAUCUUGCUAUGGCACACUUUCCCCCCCCCCUUUGUAGAUGCAUCAUCCACCCUUUCUGAGUCUCGGUAAUUAAAGAAUCUGCAUCACAUGGAAAUGACCUGCCUGAAACCAACCCUCUCCCACUGUGAUUUUAUUUUUAAAUGAAAAACUCCCUCUGCUCGUGUUCACUUUUGCUGUUUUUAGUAGGGGCACAAAAUGACAGGAAGCCUGUAUGUAUUGUAAGAAAAGUAAUAAUAAAUAGUAAAUAAUAUUUUGGCCACAUUGAUAGUAUUUAACUUGUUUUGCAUAAAGAGAUGGUGUGUACUCUGGGUACACAUGAAGCACAGGAAAUAUAUCCAGGGCGUUUUCAUGUAGCGAUGUGUGGAACCUGAAUGAUGUCCCAUCCAGUUGUCUGUCUGUAUGCUUCUGGUGUAGAUCUGCUCUCCUACAGCGUGUACUUAUAGAAUAACUAUCUACUUAAGUACUCUGCAGAAAUUUGACUAAAGGAAUACGGUACAAAUGAUCUCAUUUAAAAAUGGGGUACCUUUUCACAUUUCACAUAACAUGAAAAUAAGACAUUAAGGUCUUGUCUCAUCAAUGCUGAGGUUUAAGGAGCAGAGUGAGUUAAGACCUUCAGAGAACGUACCAAGCAGGUAUAAAUAUGCCAAUAGUCAUCUCACAUUCCUUUUCUUUAAGGUAACCUGUAGUCAGGGCUAUGAACACAGAGCAUAGGAUAUCAAGGAAGGGGGGUGAUAUUAGGAAGGUUUCUGUGGGGGGGGGGGGGGGUGGUAUGUGCAUAAUCAGAGAAUUUUACAGGCUCUGUGUUCCCUGUUAUCAUUCUGGCGAGAAGGGUGGGGACAAUAAUUUUGUUUUAGAAAUAAUUGUGGAAUUUGUGAAUAAAUGUGAUUUUUCCCAAUUCCAUCGAAUAACAUAAAAUGUAUUUCACGCCUGUACAAUAAGAUUGCUUAGGUUAAUACUAAUAUUAUGCUUAAUACCAAUAGCAUUAUAUUGACCAGCCAAUCAUUUUUGAGCCUUUCGUCCCCAUGGCCUUUGUGCAGGGUCUCCUGUACUCAGAACUCAUGAAGGUGUCUGUCUCCUCAUACGUUCCACGUAAUCCCUGUUGCACAUGUAGGAUGAGCUGAUCAAAUGUGCUGUUUCUUUUUUUCUUUUUUCUUUUUUUUUACUUUUCUGGCAGAUUUCACGCAGACAUUGUGCAGGUGGGUAAUGUUUCAGCACUUAAAUACAGUUCUACCCUGAUACUUCAUAAGCAUGCGGAAUGACCAGGUCUGAAAUGUAAAACAUUUUAACAAGCGCCACACUCCCUGUUAAGGUUCUCCGUACACUAAUUAAACAGGUGUAGCCAGCA